AUGAAAAUGAUCGGAAGUGAUUAUGUUCUGGAGGCGCACAACAUCUUCCAUACCACAGAGGUGGAUGGCGGUGGUUGCUUCAAUGGUGGCGGAAGCUCGGCUCUAGUGCUCAAAGGUGUAAAUUUGACUGUGCACAGUGGUGAAGUGAUGGCCAUUCUCGGCUCUAAAGGUAGCGGCAAACGUGCCUUAUUAGAUGUGAUAGCGCGUCGCGCAGAUGGCGCCACACGCGGUCAAGUUCUACUCAAUGGCUCACCGCUAACGAAGGCACUCUUUCAACAACGUUGUGGUUAUGUGACACAAUCAUGCACUUUCAUACCCGGCUUGACGGUGGCACAGACAUUGCAUUAUACACCAACGAUUCUCUCUGGCUAUUUGAAAAGCUCUAAGGUGCGUCAAAUUCUUGCCGAUUUGGCUCUUUCGCAAGUGGCCCACAAACGCGUCGAGUAUUUGAAUAUGAGUGAGGCACGUAGACUUUCUAUUGGUACACAGUUAGUGAGAGAUCCGGUUAUGCUCCUGCUUGACGAGCCCACCCAAGGUUUAGAUCCGCUCAGCGCCUACUUGCUCAUAUCGAUUCUCUCAAACAGCGCUAAGAAAACUGGCUGCGGUAUAUUGCUCUCCUUGGAGAAACCACGUUCCGAUGUAUUUCCCUUCCUCGAUCGUGCGCUGUUUCUAUGCCUCGGUGGUGUGGUGUACUCGGGCGGCACACGUGCAAUGCUCGAAUACUUUCAUAGCAUCGGAUUUCCAUGUCCGCAACUCGAGAAUCCGCUGAUGUAUUAUCUUUGCUUGUCCACGGUGGAUCGUAGAAGCCGCGAUCGCUUUUUGGAAUCCAGUCAACAGAUUGAAGCUUUAGUUGAGCGUUUUUCUCGUGAGACUCCCAUGUCUGAUGCGCCGCUAAACACAAUGGGCACCGGAAAAGUACCCUUGGCUUAUGGUAAACCUGGUGAAUUGAAAGUGUGGAUUAUGCUGUACUUAAAACUGCUCGCUUCAACUUUCUCUUGCGGUCUUGCGGGCAUGAAAGCAUUAUUCAUGCGUCUGCUCUUACUCCCUAUGACCAUGGCGCUGAUGUGGCUAUUUUAUACAAAUGUUGGCGACGAUGCCCAUGGCUUCUUUAGUAAAAAUGGCAUGAUACUCAAUAUAAUUGGUUUGGCUUACGGCUGCGGCAUAUUCACCACAAUCUCACUAUUUCCCAUUUGGCGCAAACGCUUCUCGCAGGACACACCCGAAGGUCUCUACUCGGGCGCCACGCUGUUGAUAGCUUAUAAUUCCAUAGCAAUACCAUUUUCGUUGAUAUCAGCGGUGUUUGCCAGCUGCGUCAUUUAUCCUUUGCUCCUGGAUCCUAAAUUCCCCAAUGGCACUGUUUUUGCUUACCUACUAGUCGCCUUAUGGUCUAGCUUUGUACUCGCCGAACAGUUGAGCAUAGCUUUCCUAUUGGUCGUGAAGGUGCCUUUCAAUGCUGCCAUUGCCGUGACUUAUAUACUGGUUAUCAGCAUAGCGUUGGCUAGUGGCACAGUGCGUUCAUUCAAGGGCUUACAACCGUGGCUGCAGGAUAAUACGAAGGGCACACAUACACGUUACGUCUCCUCGUUGUUGCAUAGCAUAGCCUUUCAAUCGCGUAAAAUGAAUUGCACGCCAACGGCGUCGGUUAUAUGCCCGAAACCAGCUGAUUUUCUGCAUGAACGUCUCGGCAUGGCAGAUCCAGAUGAAACAAUUGAUGUUGCUGCUUCGUGUGCAUUUGCUGUUGGUUUGGCUGCCUUCAACAUGUUGCUCUACUUGUUCCCAAUGCCCAGAUGUGUGCGACAGAAGUUCAAAGACUGAAUUAUUUGGUAAUGAAGCGGCAUAAAAUUUUGCUCCUUUUUAAUUGUA